GUCAAAACCUGGUCAAAACAACCGUGAACCGACUAAUUUUCCGAUUGAUCAAAUAAAAUGAAAUAAAUAUGAAAAAUGGCCUUAUUUAUGAAGCAAGACUUUUCUCCACCUAUCCUCUCAAGAAAAUGGAUUGCUAUAAAAUUUAGGCCCAAUAUGUUAAUUUACAGCCACGACAACAUAGUAGCAAUACUCGAGUCUGGAUUACUCUUCCGUGAGGAUAGCAUUGAGGUAGAACAAGAAGCCCCCUGUCCUGAAGUGGCUUGGAAACAUGCGGGGGGUGCGGGCUGGCUCACAGGGGGAGAGAGGAAUAGUGCUAUAGGGGCGAUCGCUACUUGCUUGUUAGUCGCACCACCUAGGAACCUAAACAAAUGGACGCUAGUCCGUAUGGGGUCUCUAGCAUUCAUACCACUUGCAAUACGCGGUCUACACCGCGCGCAUUGCCGUGGCAGUUUGCGCAAGCUGCUUGGCUUGAUGCGCGAUUACAUGGCGCUGGCGAGGCGUGCGACUGCAUGCUGUAGGGAGUACACGGCUAUGCAUGCACAGUUAGUAUCAGUAACUUCAGCUAUAGAGUCCACGCACGCAGUUCUGUGCCGGCAGCAGAAGGAACUGCUCGUACUCAUGUCUCGAGCCACGUCAGCACUUUUGGGGAAUGUGCCUUGGCUCAGGGGGGAUAUAGCGCUAGAGUGUGAGACUGAUAGUCUUAUGAAAAUCCAUCACGCCUUCCUCGUCGUACAAUCCACACUGUUAAAACACAUCGCACUCGCACACCACAUUCCGUCACACGCACAAAAACUGUACAAAAAUCACAACGAACGAAUAUAUUGGAUACAUCACACACUCAUAGACAAUCUCAUUCUAGAGUUCAAAGAGAAUUUCGAAGCUCUAGAACGAAUGUAUCGAUUGCUCAAAAAUUAUGGCACAAAAGAUAGUGCCAGUGCUCUAAAAAGGCCUGGAGCUGCUCUCAAAGAAACAUGGCUCUAUUCAGACAUACAUACAGGAGUUGCUCGAUCGUGUUUAGAACUAAAAAUGGCACUAAGCAAAUGCAACGAUCUAGAUAUGUUCCUAGAUUCUUGUGCGCUAAAUAAACAGGAAUUGGACUUAAAUGUACUGAAUAAAGAUAUUGACGCAAUCAUUGAUGAUAUAACGAAUAGCCUCAACACGAUACAAAACUCGCAAAUACGGUUGAAGAAAUUGCAAAAUAAGUUCAAAGUGGAUGAGCCGAAAUUGGAAGAAUUUGAAGAACACGUGGAAGAUACAUCGGUAGUAAAUAUAGAUCAAAGCGAACGGGAAAUCAAAGAUGAAGUUUUUUAUUUCGUAAAAACAGAAGACGAUGAUAAUGUUCAACCGUUAGCAGAUGUUGUGACAGCCCCUGGGAGGAAAGAGAAAGAAACAACUAAAAUAGUUUUAAACGAAUUAAAAAGGAAAUUAGUGAAGCGGGAAGACUUAAUGAGGGAAAGGGAGAGACAAGCGCUCGCUAAAACAAUGCCCGAUUUGAAAAACGUACCAGAAUUCCCGAGACAGAUUAGCAUGCAAGAUUUCGUUGACCGCAAAGGUUUUUUAUCAAAAAUCGAAAGAAAGCAGCGAAAAAAGAUAAAAUCAAAGAAAAAUAAGAAACCAAAACAUAAAUACAGAUUAAAAAUGUGUAAAUAUAUCGAUGAGACGGAUAUCCCUGAUGAGUUGUAUGAAGCCAACGCCAAGUUAAAUGUAAAAAGUCGCCUUAUUACUGUAGGAAAAGAUCGAAAUAGCUUCAUUUUGAAUAAAUGGGUUAAGAAAAUCGAAAUUAAUACGAACGGCUUAGAUUCCAGUGGUCUCUCAGACGGGCUCAGUGACGUUGAAUCUGACGCUGUUAACUUAAAUGUACGCAAUAUAAAUAACAAUAAAAACGAAGCAAUAAAUUAUAAAUUCAAUAAAAAAGAUUUAGAUCUCACCUCCUCUUCAGAUAGUGAACUCGAUAUUGAAAAUAAUGGUUUACUAAAUGACAUAAGGCGGUACAGAGCGGUGCGAAAAAAGAAUUUUCCCGCCAAACGAGCGUCCAUAGACAAAGACGUAGAUGAAAGCAUGAAGCCCAUAGAGUAUAGAUUCGGGACGGGCAUGGCGAUGGCGUCAGUUCUACAGAUAAAUAAUAAUUCUAGAAUGCCAAAUAUGGCCGCGGAAGAAGUUUUUAUUGGAAAUGGUGAAGUUUCUGAAGAUAGCGGUAAUGAUGAAGAUGCUUAAUAUAUUUUAUUGCAGUAAGAGCUAGCGCGCAAGAGCAACUUUGUCUCCGCAACUAUUUUGUCUCUCCCAUCAACUCUAUGGGCUAGUAAGAAAGUGC